CCUCACAGUGACAUUCAAACUGUUCUGUAGCUGAACUUUUAACUUGAAGCUCUUCAAACUGCACACAGCUCGAUCCAGUUCUUAAGGAUCAUUCCUUUCCUUAUUCCUACCUUCAGUGGGUUCUUCAGAGCUCUCUGCUCUCUGCUCCAGUUGUUUUUCAAACAGUUGCAAAUUAAGAAUGGAGUUCCAAAGCAGAGGAGAUUCCUGUGCAAUUCCAGAGAAUGAAGAAAUAUCCGACAUUCCUCAAACUGCCCAUGAUAACUAUGUGAACGAGGGUGAAAGAGUUGUGUCAAAGUUGCAGCGCAGGCAUAGUGAUGUAAAAGUAUACAAAGAAAUAUGUGACUUCUAUGCAAAAUUCAACAUGGCCAAUGCUCUUGCCAAUGCCAUGUGUGAACGCUGCCGAGGGGGCUUUGCACCUGCAGAAAAGAUUGUGAACAGCAAUGGGGAGCUGUACCACGAACAGUGCUUUGUGUGUGCCCAGUGCUUCCAGCAAUUCCCCGAGGGACUUUUUUAUGAGUUUGAAGGAAGGAAGUACUGUGAACAUGACUUUCAGAUGCUUUUUGCCCCUUGCUGCCAUCAAUGUGGGGAGUUUAUUAUUGGUCGUGUUAUUAAAGCUAUGAACAAUAGCUGGCACCCAGAAUGCUUCUGUUGUGAUAUCUGCCAACAGAUACUGGCAGACAUUGGAUUUGUGAAGAAUGCUGGCAGACAUCUUUGUCGUCCUUGCCAUAAUCGGGAGAAAGCCAGAGGUCUUGGCAAAUAUAUUUGCCAAAAGUGUCAUGCCAUAAUUGAAGAACAGCCGCUUAUCUUCAAGAAUGACCCUUACCAUCCUGAUCAUUUCAACUGUGCCAACUGCGGAAAGGAACUGACUGCAGAAGCUCGAGAACUGAAGGGGGAGCUGUAUUGCUUGCCUUGCCAUGAUAAAAUGGGGGUACCCAUCUGUGGGGCAUGCAGGAGGCCAAUUGAGGGCCGAGUGGUAAAUGCUAUGGGCAAGCAGUGGCAUGUCGAACAUUUUGUUUGUGCCAAGUGUGAGAAACCAUUCCUGGGUCAUCGUCACUAUGAAAGGAAGGGGCUGGCGUAUUGUGAAACCCAUUAUAAUCAGCUCUUUGGUGAUGUGUGUUUCCACUGUAACCGGGUGAUUGAAGGAGAUGUUGUCUCUGCCUUGAAUAAAGCAUGGUGUGUAAACUGCUUUGCAUGUUCUACUUGUAACACCAAGUUAACACUGAAAAAUAAAUUCGUGGAAUUUGAUAUGAAGCCUGUCUGUAAGAAGUGCUAUGAGAAGUUCCCGCUGGAGCUCAAGAAGAGACUGAAGAAAUUGGCUGAAACUCUAGGAAGGAAAUGAGAUAUUUCAUCUUGCUAUGCAAAAUUAAGGAAAUGAGAUUCUUAUCCCCACUUAUUUUCAUUGUGUCUAUGAAAUCUAUGCUCUUAAAAAAAUCCCUCUGCAUGACUAGCUUAAUACAAAAAUAUAUACUUGCCAUCUUUGUCUUAUGUAAGCUAUAUGUACCCUUUAAAUUAUGUAUUCUAUGUUUAUAUAAUUUUUUAGAUAACUCAGUCUUAAGUGGAAGAUUAAAACAUAGCCUUUAAAUUUCAAGAGAUCACUCUAUCAGGCCACUGGUGCUGAUCUCAAAUGAACAUAAUCUAGCACAGCCUCCUCUUACCUAGAAUUUUCCAAGUGCUGAGCUUUUAAUUUCAAAAAUUCUCAACCAGCCCAACAUAUUAGGAAAGCAAAUUCUCUUGGCAAGUAAUCCAGAUUUUAGCAUCAUGUGCCUGCCAGGGAGUGACUGCUGGAGCAAAACACAGUAAAACUGUAAAGCUGGCAAUUUAUAAACACUAACCUGUAAAACCCAUUGAAUUCAAUGGCUUUUAGCUCUAUAGGCAGAUAUAGGAUUACCUGGUUAAGUAUAUAGAAAAACGUUUUUAAAAUUCAUGGGCUCAUGGCCAUAGUAUUUACCAGUCAGGAUUAUUAUUAUUUUUUUUAAAAAUAGACUUGUGUAAGGGCUUUGAAGCAUAUUUUAUCUAAUAAAUUUUAUAUUUCAUAUUAUUUAGAAUCAGGAAACGAGAUGCAAUUCUUUUGAUUCUAAACUGUCACCUCUGAUGUUAAAAAUUCUGAGACAAAAGACUACAGAUUUUUUGUAGGCAAUGAGUUCUUGUUUAAUCUUAGUUUAUGAACUGAUAAAACAAUGGUUUUACAAUAUUAUAUUACUGUUGUAGGAAAAUGGCAAUAGCAAACAUUCUCAAGAUUUAGGAAGUUUAUAUUUUAUCAGGCCCUCUGGUUAAUUCUGUCUGCUAGCUCAACAGAAAGAAUAUAAAUUAUUGAGAUUUUUUUUAAAAAAAUAGUCAAAUUGGGGAUGAAUUGUAAUCUUACGUUAGCCCAUCCUAUCACAAAUGCAGAAAUUAUUUGUUCAGAAAGUUUCUGAUAAUGAUAACUGUUUGAGAACUGCAGUGAAUGCUUUCAGAUUCUGGUAAGCCUGAAGCCCAAAGUGUGAGAUGCCAACAUAUUUCUGUGUCAACAGAGUUCAACUACUUGAAUUUUGUAAGGAUUUUUUUCUUGGAUCCUUGGGUAUUUUAUUUCCCUGUGCCUUAAUUAUGCUGUAUAUUUACAACAUUAAUCAAAAUAUUAACUCAUUAUUUUAUUAGAAAAUAUACACCUUAAGUGGCAUAUACUAAACAUUUUGAACUUUGUUUAAAAUAACGGAAAGUGUUAAGGAUACAAAGCAUACUUCCUUUCCGUCUUCAACUCACUUAUUUUUAAAUUUUACAUGAAAUAAAACAUGAACAUAUUUCAAUUAUGGACAUGUAUUGUGUUAAUGAAUCAACAAUAUAGCAACAAUCAAGUGUUGCUUACACGUAGAUAGGACCUAAAUGAAUAUUGCAAUCUUCAGUAUUCAGAAAUAAAAUCCUUUGAGUUCAAUGGUACUUAGGCUCAUAAUAAUCCAUUUAUCUAAAAUAAGCACUUUGAAGUCAUAAGUAAAGUAUAAGUAAAAAUGUAGAUUGCAGUUUUUGUUAAAAAAUUCUGAAUUCCGAAGUACAAUAUAUAUAUUCUCACUAAUAAACUAUUUUGAAUUUUACAA